AGGAGGGAGCAGGGGGCUGAGCUGAUCCCACGUGUGACGCCGUCCUUCCCGGCUCAGUAAUAUUCUCAUAGCGGGGCUUUGCAUAUCUCCUGCCUGGCUGUCUCUCACCCUCUCCGUAGUCCCAGCCGAUAGUUUUGGAAUAGCUAUGGAAGGAGACGGGAGUCAAGCCACAUCCGGAAACGACUCUCACCAUGACCCGGGUAAAAUGUUUAUCGGUGGCCUCAGCUGGCAAACCUCACCAGACAGCCUUCGGGACUAUUUUAGCAAAUUUGGAGAGAUAAGAGAAUGCAUGGUGAUGAGAGACCCCACGACUAAACGCUCAAGAGGAUUUGGGUUUGUCACAUUUACAGACGCCGCCAGCGUAGAUAAAGUCUUAGCUCAACAACACCACGAAUUAGACUCCAAGACGAUUGAUCCUAAGGUUGCCUUUCCACGUCGCGCCCAGCCUAAGAUGGUCACGAGAACAAAGAAAAUCUUUGUGGGAGGUCUUUCAGCCAAUACAGUAGUGGAGGACGUCAAGCAGUAUUUUGAACAGUUUGGGAAGGUGGAUGAUGCCAUGCUCAUGUUUGAUAAGACGACCAACAGACACAGAGGAUUUGGUUUCAUAACUUUUGAGAGUGAAGACAUCGUAGAGAAAGUCUGUGACAUUCAUUUUCAUGAAAUCAAUAAUAAAAUGGUAGAAUGUAAGAAGGCCCAGCCCAAGGAGGUGAUGUUCCCGCCAGGAACACGAGGACGAGCUAGGGGUCUGCCCUACACCAUGGAUGCCUUCAUGCUGGGAAUGGGCAUGCUGAGUUACCCCAACAUUGUGGCAACGUACGGCCGUGGAUACACUGGAUUCGCACCCAGCUACAGCUACCAGUUCCCUGGCUUCCCAGCGACAGCGUAUGGACCGGUGGCGGCGGCGGCAGUAGCAGCAGCGCGUGGCUCAGGUAGGGGGGCCCGUGGAAGAGGCGGCUACUUGGCGUACCCACAGAGCACAGGGCCAGGCCUCCCCGAUUAUGGGUUUUACUCUGCGCCCAGUGACCAGAGGGGGGGCCCCUGCUCCUUUGCUGACUAUGGCUCCCUGGGGCCCCAGGCGGCUCAGAUGCUGCACAGUGAGCAUGCCACCUCCGCCUGCAACUCCCCCCUCCAGCACCUACACAGCCCGGAUCAGUUUAAGAACCCAGGCGCCAACCCGUCGAGGCCCGCAGCUUUCCACGGCGCCAACAGCCCGGGGCCUGUGGCAGAUCUGUAUGGGCCCAACAGCCAGGAUUCAGCUGUGGGGAACUACAUCAGCGCCGCUAGCCCUCAGCCUGGUUCCGGGUUCGGCCCCAGCAUCACCGGCCCCUUGAUUGCCACAGCUUUUACAAACGGAUACCAUUGAGCAGGUGGCCCGCUUGCCAUCUCAUCAGAGGUGGCGCUACUGAGGCACGGCGGACAGGCUCAAAGAAAGAAAGUGGGAACCACAUGAAGAAGAAAAGAAAGGCAAUCUGGGAAAAAGAACAACUGCUGUACAAUAUUCCAAACCUCCUAUAACGUCGGCGCCUGCUUGGGUUUCCUGUUUGCGUCUUGCUUUUAGUUCCACAUGACGUUUGUGUCACUUGAACAUUUUCAUCUUCUUUUCCUCUGCUGUUGAAAGUGCAGGCGACAUAGCAAAGAAAACCUGCUCGUAAUGUCUUGUCUUGUUAGCUUGAAGGAGAAAAUCUGAUUUUAAAAAAAGAGCCGCUGUGCAAGAUUUGUAGAUUUAAAAACAACAAAAAAAAAAUCAGUCACUUUUAGGGAAAAUCGGAUAGGAGGGUAUCAAAGUAAUAAAUCUUAGUAGUGCGUUUAUUUCUUGUGACGUCUCAUCAUUAACCAUGAUGACCUAUUUUUGGGCAAUACAAAGAGGACUCCAAUAUUUUUAUGGUCCUUUUUUAUAAGUGUUGUUUUUUGGGUUGUUUAGAAAUAUAUAAAUAUAAAUAUAUAUAUAUAUAUAUAUAUACAUAUAUAUAUAUAUGCUAUAACAAAUUUCAUAUAAUGACAUUGUGAAUUGAAACUUGAGAAAAAGAAAUGUAGCUGUACAUAUUAUUCCCGUCAUUGCAUAUAACCAACUCAGUGAGAGAAUAGCAUAUUUUUGUGAUGGUGUGUUCAAGAACAUGUUAUAGCGUGUGAAUAGAAGACAGUUGAUGACUUUUAUUUCCUGAGACCAACACGCGCUUGCUCUGUAAAUCAUCAUUUCCCAAACCAGCAAACUUCAACUUAAGUCUGUUUUAUGGAAUUGAAAAAAAAAAACAAAAAUAGCAAAGAACAAGCAAAAAGAUGCGAAUGGGUAUCUUUUGCUCAAACGUUCAAAUGAGCAGACGUAAAAGUCAAAAUGGAGAUUAGAAUCCAAAGCACAGUGUACUUUUUCUGCAUAUCCGGACACUUUUCUACUUGUCAUCCCGCUCCUUCCCAAUUUGUUUUGGGAAUAAGACAAUAUUUGGGCUCAGCGUGCGAGUCUUGCUUCUUUCUUCUCAUUUUUGGACUGAUUUGCAAAGUUGUGGUACCAUACCUCAGCCUGGCGGGCAGGUGUCAUUUAUUCUGGCGUAAAGGAAAACACUGAACGGCUAAAAAAAAGAAGAAGAAAUCAUUGCACUGUGAGUAGUCAAGUACAGGCCGUGUCCUAUUUGCACAUUUCAAAAGGCGGCCCUGUGCUUUGGGAUUAGUGGGAAGGAUUUUUGGAUUCAUGUAUUCUAAAAUAGACAAAACACCUCGCACGUGUCGAACCAGUGGCUGGCGUGUUGGACCUUUGCUUUUAUGAGACCCAGGACUCAUCUGAGGCUAUUUAUUCCGGGUCGCACACUGAACGAGCACUAACAGUAAUAAUAACCUCACGCUCCCCGAGUGUUGUCUCACGGCUGCAAGGUCACGGACGGAACCGGGGGGUGGGGGCGGGGGGUGUGGGUGUACAGUCAUCCCUCGAAUUUUGCGGUUUCGCUCUAUCACGCUUUUUCAAACAUAGUAUAUGAAUGAAAAAAUGGUGGCUGCUUUAAAGACGUACUAUUAGUCCAACAUUUUUUUGCCUAAAUGAAGCUUUUUCAAGCAUCAAAUGAAGUCAAAUAAGGUGCAUGCAAAUAUGCUGAGAUGAUAUGACGUAUUCCACACUGGUCACUAGGUGGCACUAAUGUUACUGCGAGACACACAAGCACCAGACUUGGUGCCAUCGCAACAGGCUUCCAUUGCAGGUCUGAAUGAUCUUACAACGGGAAAAAUAAUCCACGGAUGUGGACUCAUGUCACGCGACUUGGACUAGGGUCAGACUUGAGUCACAAUUUUCACGACUUGUAGCCACCUCGGACUUUGACAUCAAUACCUCUGGACGUGACUCGGACUGUAGUUUGAUGACUUGAAGAUACGUGAUACGUAUUUUCAGGCUAACAUGGUCGUUGUGUCAAGACAGCAAAUUAGAAUGCAUUGAUUACCGGUCGGCUGCACGGGGGACAAGUGGUUAGCACGCAGACCUCACAGCUAGGAGACAUGGGUUCAAUCCCACCCUCGGCCAUCUCUGUGUGGAGUUUGCAUGUUCUCCCCGUGCAUGCGUGGGUUUUCUCCGGGUACUCCGGUUUCCUCCCACAUUCCAAAAACAUGCUAGGUUAAUUGGCCACUCCAAAUUGUCCAUAGGUAUGAAUGUGAGUGUGAAUGGUUGUUUGUCUAUAUGUGCCCUGUGAUUGGCUGGCCACCAGUCCAAGGUGUACCCCGCCUCUCGCCCGAAGACAGUUGGGAUAGGCUCCAGCACCCCUGCGACCCUCGUGAGGAAAAGUACAAAAUGAAUGAAUGAUGGAAUUAAUGAUUACCGGCCAAUCAGGUUUAAGUACAAACAAGGAAUGUGUGGCUUACAUAAAUCCUCAAAGCUCGAUUUCCAAAAUAAAAGAAUUGAAAAUGCAUCUAUUGUAUUCGCCCAAUAAAAUAGUCGUUCAAAUUGAUUUGAUUUGUUAAACACCAAAUACUGUCUGACUCCAAAAUGUCAAGCUUAUGACUUCAGACCUGAGACUGACUUUAAGAUGAAAGACCUCUGCAGUAAUCCCUCAUAAAAGUCCUGAAUUCAAACACGGGCUGCUGUUGGCGCGCUAAAAACUCGAUUCGAUUAACCGUGAUAAACGAGGGAUGACUGUACAGUGCCUGACAAAAGUCUUGCUGCGUAUCCGAUGCUGCAGGAACGGCCAGCCCAACCAGACAUGAACAUUACUGGUGAAGGAUGAAGGAGGCUUUCAAGAUGAAAGUCAAGAAUCUUGAUGAAGUCUGGGACUGGGAAUCAUGCAAUAUCGAUCGAAUAUCGAUCAUGCAUCAUCGAUAUUCAUUCUUCCGGCCAUGGCACCCUGACCUUACCUUCGGGUGGGUUUGUGUUUUUAAAGGAAAAUAUCAUUUGGACUUUUGUCCAAGUACAAUCUGACCUUCCUGUCCUGAUGAAAUGAUGAAACUCGAUAAACGAGGCAAGACUUUAUUUUAAUUUAGAGGCUUUUGCUUUUCAUAUAAGCGCUUCCUGAAUCCAAAUAUUUGUUUUUCCUACAACUUGGAUAAGAAACAAGACUUUAGUCAGGCACGUCAUUCUGCUGCGUAGUAUGGAUGUUUUGACCUUUCACCCCCUUUCAUUUGCUUUUGGCAAACAACCAGGUCAAGAAAUAUGCUGGAUACUUUGAAGGUAUGGAGUUGUGAUAUGAAAAAUGUAAUUGUAAUGUUCACAUGUAAAAAAAAAAAAAAAACAGAAAAAAAAGAAAAAAGAUGCUUCUUUGCUGAUUUGCAGUUGAAUUUUGUUGUGGUUUCUAUAUGAAUACUAAUUGUACUAUACUAUUAAAAUGUACUGUGCAUCCAUUGCUUUCUCUCGCCAUCCUCUGAGGAUCUUUUGUUGCUCAUUCAUGUAUUUCAUGGCUGUGUAAAGAAAUAACGUGUAAACACAGUGCUGUCUUUGCUCGUGCGUCAUUGUUGUUCUCCCUCUGCGCUACCUCUCCACCCUCCUCCUCCUCUUCCUCCCCCCCCCGUCCACCCUUCUCUAAGUGCAAGUAGGUGUUCUGUAGCGCUCAUGAAUUAAUAUGAUAGUGGUAGUGACUGUAGUGGACGUAGGACCAGUCCAGAUAUACGCUAGACCUUUCUCUCGGUGACCAUCUUCAAACUUGGACCUUUUUGUUCUUCUUCUCGUUUAUUCGUCGCCUCUCUCGCACAUGUGGUUUUCAGCAAACCAAAGCUCUCGUGGAUGGACGAAAGAGAGAAAGCCUUUGCUGGGAGGUGGAAUUGUACACAAGGCAUUAUUUGGCUAUCCCACCCUUGAAUGUUUUUAAAGGGGUGUGCCAUACUACCUUAAAUGCUAAUGCUAGAUAUGCAAAAUGUUUGUUUUUCUACAGAAGGACACACGCUAUCAUCACAUGACAAGGCAGUUAUUAUUACAUGGGCAUUAUUGUGAGGCGUGACGUAGUGUGAGUCCAGCCGCGGUCCUCCCACUGGAACAGCAGCGCUUACGUUUUGCAGACUUUAUUAGUGAGGAGGCCUUUAUUCAAAUGUGAGAAGGAACACAGAAUGAGGACCGAGCGGGCAAAGUGACGUCCGUUUCAGUUUGCACGGGUUUCUUCGCAUCUUUUCAGCCCAGUUCUCAUUGUUUGAGAGUCCCGACGGUCUUUUGUACCCGUUAGAAUACGACAGUUACACAGCGAGAACUCAGUUGACGUUAUGAACCGUUCCAACUCCGAGUGAAAUGUGGCCAAUCAAUUAUUGCCAUAAGAUUUAUUGUAAAUACAAUUCAUCCGUUCCGAUUUGUAUCGUUUUCCAUGCAUGACACAAUUGUAAAUGCACAUUCAUGAAAGGGAUUCAUGUGGCAGCGUUAUCUAGUCCUUUUUGCAGAGUUAUUCCUGAAAUGCUGUCGUGUUUCUCACCUCGAGUCACUGCUUUUCUUUUCAUCGUGGCUGCAAAAUACGCCACAGUGGAGCCAAAGAAAGUCGAGAGUGCCAGCAUUUUGAUAAAGAAUGUGAGAAACAUGAUUUCAUUCAAGAAAUAUCUCAUAGCAAACCAGGAAGGUGGUUUCACUUACGUUUUCAAUGAAGUUAAGUUAAGUUUUCAUUUUAUGGCUUGUAGUGUAAAUGCAGCUAUUAGACCAGGGUUCAAUUCCACUCUCUGGGAGUUUGCAUGUUCUCCCUGUGCAUGCGUGGGUUUUCUUUGGUUUCCUCCCACAUUCCAAAAACAUGCUAGGUUAAUUGGCGACUCCAAAUUGUCCAUAGGUAUGAAUGUGAGUGUGAAUGGUUGUUUGUCUAUAUGUGCCCUGUGAUUGGCUGGCCACCAGUCCAGGGUGUACCCCGCCUCUCGCCCGAAGACAGCUGGGAUAGGCUCCAGCACCCCCGUGAAAAUGAAUGAAUUAAUGUAGUGUAACUGUUAGCAAAGAACUACUCCUGUUCACAAAUACUGUAUAACUAAAAACAUGUUUGGAGAUAAAAAUACAUAGUAGAACUGUGGACAAAAAGCACGCUAAACGUUCCAUACUAAUUGUGAAACUAUAAAACUGUUUUAUAUUCACAUUUGUGCAAUUCACAAUGUGCAACUGAAAGAGUUAGCAAAGAACGACAAAUCAGCAGCUAGUAAGAGGCUAACAAGGAUUCAUUCAUUCAUUCAUUCAUUCAUUUUUUACCGCUUAUCCUCACAAGGGUUGCAGG